AUGGAGAUAUUGGUUGAUCCACCCAACAUCGAUCCGUCUGCCAAUUGCAAUAUGGUUUAUCACGCGUUGGCUCAAUGUUUUCGAGAGGACGACACGUGUUUCGUCUGUUGUUACUGCAGCAACACUUACCUAAAUCUAACUCAGCUGCUUCUGCAUCUCAAAGUGCACCCAGGCGCGCGCCAGCCGCUUCUGAUCCUAGAUGAAUCGCUUGACGCGUACUCGCCCGUUGCUCCAGUUUUCAAGGAAGAGCCCGGAGAAUUGAUCAUCGUCGAAGACGAGGAACCCACAAACCCAAACGCCGCUGGACCCCAACGAAUCACUGUCAAAGAGAUGCAAAUGAUCGUAGACUGUGCCGUAAUGAACAAUGACUUCAAAUGUCCAAUCUGCCAUUAUAGCAAGGCUAAAGGGAAGAAAGUUUUCGAAGCUCAUGUGAUGACCCAUACGGGCGAGAGGCCCUUCAAAUGUGAUUAUUGCGAUAAACGUUUCAAUAAAAAGCCGCCAGCAUCCGAACGCCGGUUGUCGAGUGAGUGGAUGCUCAAUAUCGACAUGGGCUACUAUACGCUGGAAGAGGCGCGAUCAUCGAAGAGGCUGACUCCAGGACCGGAUCAGCUGUUCGGCUGCGCUUUGUGCGGCUACAGAACGGCGGGAUCUUACAGCCUACGUCGACAUUUCCGAGUUCACACGGGAGAGAAGCCCUACGAAUGUGAACUCUGUGGGAAACGCUUCUCUCAGCGUUACAGCGUCGCGAUACACAAACGUACACACUCGAAAGAGACGCCAAGCGAUCCGUGCGGCUCCUGUAGCCUCCGAUCUGCGGAUGAAAGUCACGCCAAGCGUCGCGUUAAAAUCCAUAAGAUUCAGCGUGAAGAUGAUGACGUCCUCUCGCUCCCCGGAGGUCUGGAAAUGCGGAUCCUUCCCGAGCCGGAUUCAUCUCUCGAAGAAAUGUCCGGCUGGUGUCUACCACAAGGAAUGGAACUAUCUCCCGUCGAGGGAAAAUUAUUUUCGUGCAAACACUGCUCGUAUAAAACACAGGUUGCGUCGAUUCUGCAACGUCACAUGCGUGUGCAUACCGGCGAGAAACCCUUCAAGUGCGAUAUCUGCUUCAAGAGCUUCACUCGGAAGAGCAGCGUGGAGACCCAUCGAAGAAUUCACACCGGGGAGAAACCAUUCAAGUGCAGUUUUUGCGCAUAUUCAUCCGGUGAUCGCAGUGCCGUCCGGCGACACUUGAUGAGCUGCAAAUUCCCAAUGCGCUUGGCAGAACUCGGGGACCCAGACUUGAUUGUACCUGACGUGGAACCGAACAACAACAGUGCAAUAUACUCAUCGCUGCCGCGGAAACCUACGACCUUGACACCAUCGAGAGCCAUCAUCAUCCCCCGCAUACUGCAGCCUACGACACGAAUUUCGACGCCGAUUAUCAAUGCUCGUCAGAUUACAACGACGCUUCCAAGGACGAACGUUCUCAACGCGAAUAUUCAGAUGACCACUCAUCCGGGCAUCGUCAAACUUCCACCUGGCACCGAUAUCGAUUACCUCACUCAGACCAGUACCCGGGGGAAGGCUAAUCAGUUCUGGCAGUACGUCUGCAACGAUUGUCCCUUCAUCACCCAAGAUUCUCGUGCCUAUAAAAAACACCGAUCCCUAGUUCAUGAGACUAAGUCGCAGUCGACCACCAAGGUUUGCAACAUCUGCAACAAAGGAUUCUUGGAUCUCGAAAAUCACCUCAAAGUUCACGAGCACGGACGCAAUCACGUUUGCGACGUUUGUGACCUGGGCUUCAACUCGAUGACGGAACUACGCAAUCACUAUCGCGUUCACACGGGGGAACGGCCCUAUAGGUGCGAUCGGUGUUCGCGUUCAUUCAGUGACAGUAGCAACUUCAAGCGGCACCUGAGACUACAUUCACAGGGUGAACCCAAUGGGAAGUGUUCGGAAAACUGAAGGAGUGCAGAUGGAAGAUUAGGGAGCUGAAGUGAGAAUGGUUCUUGCUGAAAGCGUCGAUGGAAACCCUCGGUGCUUCGCGCUGUUCUUGGCGGCACCUACGAGCACACUCUGUUAAGAUCUCAUUUUCUCGUCUGACGACUCAAUUCUUCUCUUUUCUCGAGACGUUCAUUGAGGCUGUGCAUUUUGCUCAGAAGCGAAUAUUGCACUCGAGAUUCAAUUUUUCUAUCGUUCGUCGAUUCUUCGAUAGCGUCUGCAAUCCGAUGAAUCCGCCAUUGUUAGUGAAGCCAUCCGAGGGAAGCGUGUGCGCAGGAGCCGUUCCGUUGUAGGGGCUCACCGGAUAAUUCGCUCAGCCGGUGGUCAACGAACACUUUUUAGCAACAAAUGAUUAUUAGAGUCUCGAUCGAUUGUGAGGUGCGAUGAACUCAAUUUGCUUACAAGUACAUAAGUGUCCCGAUGCCUUUUGGAAUGUAGUCCGAGCAUGGAUAUAUGAUUGUUAGGAAAUAAUGUAACGGGUCGACUGGGUGAUUGUAUCCCUGAAUGACUGGCAGUCCUCAACUCACGACUUCAGGUAUGAUGAGCGGAGGAUCAAGGUGUCUUAACACACUCGAAUGCUCGGAAGAGUAGCGAGACCGCUACGUAUUUAUUCAUUUUAAUGUGUAAAUAUAUAUUUCGGCCUCC